AAUAAAUUAUACAAAAUGAAUCGACCACAAAACGCUCUCAUAACCGAUAGGCAACAAACUCGAUCGCUGCAAAAUCACUCACAAAAUAUACAGCAAAACCGACAAUUGAAUCAACAAUUACUCCAGCAGCAACAGCAACCACCCGUACAUUCAAAUAUAAUUAUAGGAACUGCUGAUAUUUUCAAUAAUCCGUCGACGGCAGUAGAUCAUCAAAAUGACAAUAAUCUUUUGAUCGUACUUUGUGAUGCGUAUCAGUAA